UGAAUUACUUCCUUCCUAUAAACAGACAACAAAUGUGAGCCAAUCUUUCAAUCUGAAUCCCUAAAAUUAAAAUUCCACCCCUUUUUUCCAUUGAUUUUCCCUCUCUUUUCCCCCUCUCUAUUUUUUAUGCACCACAAUUUUGACUAGCACAACUCUCUCUCUCUCUCUCUCUCUUCGACGACUCAUCGUCCCAGGUGCGUAUGAUCAAAACUCAUCCCCAUUUCUCUUGUAAUUGCAUCGAGACAUCAUUUACGUGCGUGAAUAAGUGGAUAUAUACUGUCAAGUUGCAAUUUUUGGAGGGGGGUUUCUGAGUAAUUAUUAGACCAAUCAGAGUUUAGCGAGUACCGAGGAGGAGGGUUCUUGAUAUAUGCAAUUUUUAUCCUAAUUUUUCGAUUGAGGCGAAGAACUCUUCUCUGUUUCUUGUUUUCUUUCUUCUUCGACCCCGGGGUUUGAAUUUUGUUGAGCUCUGGGGGUUCACUGCUUUCUUUCGUAUUCAUAUUUAGUUUGCUUCGAGUUCUUUAAUCUAGGUGUUUUAGAGUUCUGGUGUUUUUAUUCGUUUUAAGCUCUAUGGAUAGUGAAUUGGUGAAAAGGGGUUUUGAUUUCACUAGAAGGAAGAAGAAAUGGUUAAUUGUGAUGGGAUUGGUUGGGAUUUCUAGCUACGGUGUGUAUAGGGCGUAUCACAUGCCGUCUGUAGCUAGAAAGAGAAAAAGAAUCUUGAAGUUGUUAGGAUCCCUAGUUUCAAUGGCUGAAAUGGUUUCUGAUUCCGCGGAGAUGAUGACAGUGGUGUCGAGGGAUUUAAAGGAGUUUUUGGAGUCUGAUUCGGACGAAAUUCCUAAUAGUUUGAAGCAGUUGUCUAAGAUUGCUCGCUCUGUAGAGUUUUCUGAGUCAGUAGCUCGUCUUUGCCAGUCGAUGACAGUAGGCGUUUUGAGGGGUUAUAAGGUAGAGAAUAGCGCGAGUGACAUUCAAGAAGAUGGCAAUUCGAGCUUUUCUGAUAGGCUUAUAGAUAAAAUGAUGUCGGAUGCUGGUACAGGAUUUGUCUCGGUUGUUAUUGGUAGCUUUGCUAGGAAUUUGGUGUUGGGGUUUUAUGCUAAUGGUGAGAACAGCCACUCGGGCGUGAUCCAUGAGAAGUCAAGUUCCUCAUCGUUGCCUACGUGGUUAACUGUGGUGGCAGAUGAUAAAUGCAGAGUAUUGGUUGCUGAUUGCAUCAAGACUUUCGUUAGCACUGCUGUUACAAUCUAUCUUGACAAAACUAUGGAUGUCAAUGUCUAUGAUGAGAUGUUCUCGGGCUUGACUAAUCCUAAGCAUCAGAAUAAGAUGACAGAAUUCUUAGUUUCUCUCUGUAAUGGGGCUGUCGAAACUCUUGUAAAGACCUCUCACCAAGUGCUGACAGCUUCUCCUAAGAAGGGAUCGAGCGGCUCUUAUUCAAUCAUUGAUCCGAGUGAAGCUUCAAACUUUGGGGACAAGAUGGGAUUAGAUGCAGAAACUCGUCUGAGAAGAGAUGGGAAUGGUCAUGUUGACCUUCAGAGUAACGGAUGGGUCAGUAGUGUUUCAUCGACAUUGGCUGUACCGAGCAACAGGAAGUUUGUUCUUGAUGUCACUGGGAGAGUGACAUUUGAGACGGUUCGAUCUGUCAUUGAGUUUUUCUUGUGGAAAGUAUCCGAGGGCUUGAAAAGAAGUGUGAAUGUGGUUCACGACGAGGUUGUGGAGAGGGGAUAUGAAGUUGUGAGAUACGUUGGGGCCAAGUCCACCAUUAUUCUCACCAUUUGUCUCUCACUGUUUCUACAUAUCCUAGGCAACAGUAGGGCAUUGGUGACUGCUUAAUGUGAUUGCGUUUUUGAUCUCAUAACGCUCAAAGGAAAGCACACUACGGAUAAUCUGUCUGUCUAUCAUCUCCAACGUCUUAUCUCCUCCCACGUCUCUGCAAAAAAUCAAGAAACUUCUUGUUUUCCAAAUUGGCUAUGAGAGAAAGCAAUCCUACAUACAAGUUGUUGGCUCCAUGGUGAAAAGCUACUGUCAUCCGAGUGCAGAUACCACGUUGAAGGAGCUAGAUAUCCAGAAGCAGAUGAUGUAGUAAGCAAACUGAACAAUUCAUAGUUAUUUAUAUGUUUUACCCUUUCUGUAGCACAUGAAUUGAUCUAUUAUAUACAGUUUAGAAUCUUUUUACAAUUUGUACUGUUAGUGGACAUGAAUUUGUACAGAAUAUAUGAUGACCACUUGUUCUUAUUCCCUAUAUUUGAACAUUGUUUUAGAGAUUA